CCUGAGCGGGGCCCUCUAGCUCUCAGCGGCGUCACGUGCGCGACUUCUGGCUGAGGAGAUGCCCCCCAAAGGGAAAAGCGGCGGCAAAAGUGGGAAGGGAGGAGCCGCUGGCGGCGGGGGCAGUGCUGAGAGGCAGGCCCCGGCCCCGAAGGGUGGGGGCAGCUCUGUGAAGGUUAGACACAUCCUAUGUGAAAAGCACAGCAAAAUCAUGGAGGCCAUGGAGAAGCUGAAGUCUGGAGUGCGCUUCAGUGAAGUAGCCUCACAGUACAGUGAAGAUAAAGCCAGACAAGGGGGAGACUUGGGCUGGAUGACCAGAGGUUCUAUGGUGGGACCUUUCCAGGAAGCAGCAUUCGCCUUGGCUGUCAGCAGUAUGGAUAAGCCAGUGUACACAGACCCUCCUGUCAAAACGAAGUUUGGAUACCACAUAAUUAUGAUUGAAGGGAGAAAAUAAAAUACAAAAAAGAGUGAAGCUGACACUUACUGUUCUAUUCACUGAUUAGGAACUUCCCAGCAGAUUUGUUGUGGGAGUUGUUAGGGUUGGGGAUCUAUAGGACUCAGGUGUGUAUGUGCAUGCAUGCAGCAUGUUUGGUGAUGGUGUCCACACCAUUUCUUUUGUACAAUUUUACCCCAGUUUACAGAUUAUAGACGUGGCAGGGUGGGAGCCAACGGAAAGAAGUUGUCGGUACCUAGCAAAGCACUUCCAGGUAAUGUCUUCAGGCAGUUAUUGAAAUCUCCUUUGUUGUGUGGGGCAUGUGAGAUUCUUACUUCGUGAGAAGUGGAGCAGUUGAGCAGCCCUUGCUUUUCCUGGACUGCUGACAUGGAUGGGUUGACCUAUUGGAAUAGUAUUAGUAGACUUCAUAUAAAAUCCAUGGAAAAAAAUCUCCUUGCAGUUGCAACUUUGGGUCCACGGAGAAAGCCAUUUUACCAGCCUAGUUUAUCCAGGAAAAUCCAGAAGUCUAAUUCAGCCUCAGUUUGUAAACCUAGAUGGUCUAAAGUAGAUUUCACUGGGAGCAAUUAAUGAACAUAGGGAGAAACAGUCACACUCACUCCAUUAUAUAAACUGGCUUCCUUCUUUUCCAGCAAAGGGGAAGUAUUAAACUCAAGAACUCAAAACCAACAGUCCUUGCAUACAUCAGGAAACAGAAUUAAAAAGGAGCCCUGUCUCAGCACUUCCCUGUGGAUCCCAACCAUUUCUCUCCAGGACAGAGAGAGGGGAACAUGAUGACCCCAGCAUUCCUGCUGAGAAUCACCUCUUCUUAGAAAUUAAAACUAAAAGCACUGGACUUUAAGGAGCCCAUCAUAUCACUGGAGCUUCUCUUGCCAGUGGGGAGUGCUCUGGAUUUAUUCUGAAAAGGAGGAUUCUGGACUGGCUUUGUAAAUGGUUUGCACUGAGAGGUGCCAUAAAUACCCAAGUAUAAAUCAGCUUGAGAGAUUUGUGUUAAACAUCCUUUGGGUGAAGUGUCUGUGAGCCAGUGUUGCUAUGAUCACUAAUUAGCCAGCUAAACUGAGGCCCUACAUUCUGUUUAAUGGCAUUUGUCUAUAAGGUGAUAACUUUUGAAAACCACAUCUGAUCAAUUCCAAGCAUUAAUAGGCAAAAUCCUAUUGAUUUGGGUGAAAACCAAAAAAGCCUGAUUUCAAGUCAAGUCCACAGAGUGCCCAUUUGGUACUGCAGGCAGAGGAAGCUCUCUGGCCCCCUCUGCUGCUGCCCACAUACAUCACAGGCAGCAGUGACUACAGCAUCACACACUUAAGGCAGGUCUACACUUACUUCCUGGUCCGGCCCGUAACCAAUCGAUCUUCUGGGAUCGAUUUAUCGCGUCUUGUCU